CCAAACACAAGUUCAGUUGAAACAUCAUGUCUCCCUCAUUCUCUACGAUUUUGAUGGCCGUGUUGGCUGUGGCCGUUGGAUCUAUGGCAGCCAAAGAUGCGACGGUGAGUGCCAGAUCACGUUAUUAUCACGGCGGAGCUUAUACCCAACAGGAUUAUUACGGAGGAGCUGCUGGAAGUCACGGAGGGGCUUAUCCGUUGGCUAACAAUCAAUACGGCGGCGCUUACGUGCCCGUAGUUCAGCCGCCAAACUAUUACGGAGGGUCAUACGGUUCACAUCACCAACCAGCGAACCCUUACGGCCCAUCUUAUCCUGGAUCUAACAAUGGAUUUUACGGCUCGCCAUUUCCCAACAGCUACGGAACGAAUUCGGCUUACGGAAACUCGCCGUACUAACGAUCGACUUAACUGAUUUCCUUCGAGCCAAUCAAAGACAACUAGAUAGAUAAACUUACAAUUCUAGAUUCCAAUAAUAUAAUCUGCACCCAUUUUAAUUGUGCAAAAGCUUCAACUAGAAAUGUGAAACAAUAAAAUUUGAUUUGCCCAUUA